AUGAGAAUCAAGCGUUUUCGCUCGACCUGGGGAGUUGAUCCCGGCCAGAACCUGGAUCACUGGGCCAAAUGGUUCCCUGAACUCCAGAAAAAGGGUUACAGCGGGGUUGAAGUAAAAGUUCUUCUGCUACACCCCGAGAUGGAUUUCAAGCGACUGAGGCAAAUCUGUGAUCAAUUGGGAUUUGAAAUUGCUGUGAUAGCGCAAACGUCUUUACCCUCCAUUCUUGGUCCGCGCCCGUCAAGACUGAACGCGGACAACCAUCUGCAGAGAUAUCGAGAGAUAAUUAGUUUGGUCAACCCUCUGAAUCCUGCAGCCAUUACAUUUCAGUCUGGACAGGAUGAUUGGGAUAUCAAGGAAUCGAUCAAGUAUUUUCAGAGGACAAUUGAUAUAGACGAAGAGUUGGGGGUUUCAGGGCGCGUCUACCACGAGACUCAUCGAAGUCGGUCACUUUGUGCACCGUGGGUCACUCAGUGUAUCUUACAGGCUGUUCCCCGACUGAGGCUCACUGCCGACUUCUCCCACUGGGUUGUUGUCAGUGAAAGAUUGUUAGAUUCCGCCGAUGACGACCGAGCCAUGGUUGAAGCUAUCAUCCCACAUGUGUACCAUAUCCACACAAGAAUUGGCACAACACAAGCCUCCCAGUGUCCAGAGCCUAUGCAUCCAAGUUUUGAGCAAGAGAGACUCUCAUUCGAAAGAUUAUGGAAGAGCAUCCUGAGCAAUCACUUCAAAAGACAUGGCCACGACGCAACCAUUACAUUUGUACCGGAAUACGGCCCAUUCCAUUGGAAGUCCGAAGGCCUACGGAGAGGUCGCGGACGAGGAAGGACAACGUCUGCAGGCUUUAUUCGACGAGUUUGCGGCCACUCUGGUCGCUACUUGAACUCUUAG